AUGCAGCCUGAGGCUCAAGAUGCAUUUACGCAGCCAAAAAGACCUUUGAAUUGGGGAGAGAUAAAUUUCAUCCACACGACUGACAGUCACGGAUGGUUGGAAGGGCAUAUCAAAGAACGCAAUUACGGUGCCGAUUGGGGUGAUUUCGUGUCUUUCACAAAACACAUGAAAGACCAAGCCGCGAACAAGAAUGUGGAUCUCCUUCUCAUCGAUACAGGUGAUUUGCAUGAUGGAAAUGGGCUCAGCGAUGCGACCGACCCGAACGGCAAGAUCACAAAUCCUAUUUUCGAAAAUAUCGACUACGAUCUUCUCACCCCAGGGAACCACGAGCUAGGUGCCAUUAAUGUUGCAUACAAUACAUUCACUGAGUUUGUCGGUGUAUAUGGCAACAAGUACCUGACAAGCAACAUUGAUAUCUGCAAGAACUGUCAAGAUGGUGAACCUGAUGAAAAAGAAUGGGUUUCGAUGGGAAGCAGGUCUCGAUAUUUCGAGACGGAAAAUGGCAUCCGAAUCAUGGCAUUUGGUGUAAUACUGGAUGGGACUAACAACAACAAGGACAUGACGAGAAUUCAGCGAGCCACAGAAAUGAUACAAGAAGACUGGUUCAAGGACGCAGUCGCUCGUCAGGAUAUUGACUUGUUUGUACUCAUUGGACAUAACCCGGUGAGAGCCGGAGACCCCAGGAGUGUCAGUUCCUUUCCAUUCAUCAUGCAGACGCUCCGGGAAAUGCGACCUGAUGUUCCCGUUCAGGGCUUUGGGGGUCAUACACAUACUCGCGAUUUUCGCGUUUAUGACUCCAUGUCUUCGGCCAUAGAAUCUGGCAAAUAUUGCGAGACGGUGGGAUGGAUAUCUUUGAGUGGCAUCAAAUCUCGACAAACUCAAAGGAGUGAUAUCCCCGAGAAAAAGCGUGCCCGGGAGAACGAGAGCACACAGGCCGAUGCGCAAUGCAGCAAGACCAAUGAUUUUGAUAUGCAAUUGACCCGGCGGUAUCUGGACUGGAACAGACUUACCUUUGCGUACCAUGCAACUGGAUCACAAGAUAUAGAUACAUCUGAAGGGCUUGACAUCUCAAAAGGCAUUGCAGAAAAUCGCAAAUUUCUGAAUUUGACACAUGUCUACGGCUGUGCGCCACAAACUUACUGUCAGACUUGCAAGCCAAUUGAUGACCCCGGCAAUGUAUAUGCACUUGUUCAAACGGCCGCUGCUGCCAUUUGGGUGAACCCAGAUCGCUCCACCAACCCGCGAAUGAUCAUCAUUAACACGGGACUGUUUCGCUACGACGUGGUCCAAGGUCCCCUUACCGUUGAUGAUUCAUAUACCGUCUGUCCGUACCAUAAUACCGUCAGAUUUGUUCCCGAUGUCCCAUAUUCACUGGCAAAGACACUUCUCGAGACCCUAAACACGCCAAAAUCCACCAAGCGCUCUACGUCUGUAGAUACCUGGUCGAGUGGGUUGCUGGGGUACGAUGAGUGCGGAAAUCCUUCAUAUCAUAAUGAGACCGAGCUUUCCAGGCCAAAAACUCUCUUCCGUCGUAUGAUUGGAGGCGAAACUCCAAGUUCAGGAUACACAACAUGCGAUGACCUUGGGGGUGAUGGCGACGACACACCUCAUUCUCAAAUUCCAGAGUACUCCGUGCCAGUCGAAAUCCAAGUCACCGCCGGAUUUCCAUCGGACGGCGUUCCAGAAACUGUGGAUGUGAUCUUCCCUGAUUUUCUCCAACCCGAGAUUGUUGAUGCAUUGAAUUCUAAGAAUCUCUCUACAAGUCAAUCAUUGAACUACACGGCCAACGAUACCCGACUUUAUCUUCCGAUGAACUUCACAAGUUUCGAUCUAAUUCCUACCUAUGCCUCUAUGGUGUGGCAGGAUAACACCGACAACUGUUCAACCCCCGGAUAG